AUGACCCCACCCCAGGAGAAGCAGCCCAGAGUUACCGGACAUCGUGGUCAGCAGAAGCUGGGCCGGUGGCUGGAUGCUGCAGCUGCAGGGACUUUGCGCCUAGGAGGGCUCCUGUGGUGCUGUCUCAUUUUUUUAGGUUUAAUCUCCUUCCAAGCCUCUCCUUUUGUGUGGAGAUGGACAGGGAUGGCAGGAGGCUUGAGUUCCCUUGGCAACAUCACUGAGGUUGAUGCUGAUGAUUGGCUGCCCUGUAGAUAGGGCAGGCAGGGCUAGGUGAGCUCACUGGAAGUCUGUAGGGACAGCAAAGAACUCUUUGUCCCUUCCUCCAGGAGCCUCUGCCUGAACCAUGCAGCAGUUCUGGGGGCUUCUCUGUUGGCCCCUGCUGCUGGGAUGGAUGUUCUAGUGUGAUUGCUGGCCAGCAACUUCAGAAAACGGGGUUUCCCCUGGCCUGAGCCCUGUUUGGAGAAAGAAGCCUCCCAGUUUUUAGCCUAACGUUGAGGAAUUUUGGUUCCUGCUGUUUCUAUAAUUGCAAAACCCCAGCACAGGUAUAAGAGCUGAAUGCCAUGCUUGUGGGGGUAAGGGAGAAUCCUUUCUAAAUGCCUCCUGUGAAUCCUCCUUACAGAUCUGCAGGUGUCAUGAGGCCUGGAGCAACCAGGGCUACCCUUACACCCCAUAGAGUUGGAUGUUCCUCUUAGGAGACUGUUAAAAGUUGUCAUUUAUUGAGUGUUUAUUGGAUGUCAGGCACUGUAUUGUAUAGCUUCCCCAUUUUGCAAAUGAGGAAACAGGCCUGGAGGGGUAAGCAGCAUGCCUAAGAUUAUUGAACACAGAAAUGGCAGGAUUGGGAAUCAAACUUUCCUAAAUCUGAUGCUAAAACCCUUGUUCUUAACUAUUGUUGUCUUCCUGAUCUUUUAUAGCAGAGGCUUUCAAACUCAUUUCACUUCAACCCGCAAUAGGAAAUUCAUUUUACGUGUUCACAUACUAUAUCUGUAACAAUAUUUACAUAUUUAUAAAACAAACUUUUCAUAAAACAAUCUACACCUAUGUAUAUGAGGCACUCUGAUAUUUUCUGUUCUAUUAUUCCGUGUUUUCCAUUUCAUUCAGUUUAUGAAAAAUAUGUGUUGGUUGGGAGUCACUAAGAUAAUUUGAUGACCCACUAAUGAGUUGUGACUUCCUUUGGAAAAAUACUUCUUGUAAGAUGUGCAAAUACACUUGUCAAUGUUGUG